AUGAAGUCGAUACCAGGCUUUGAGAGGCAGACACUCUAUGUGGAGCAGCCAAAGAGCGUAUUCGCGGACGGCAAUGCAAGAUGGACAAACAAAGACUUAGACCCCGUCCCGAAGAACGCACGGAAAUGGGGCGUCACCAGCUUUAUUGCGUAUUGGAUAUCUGAUGCCUUCAAUGCCGCGACUUGGCAGUUCGCCAGCAGUAUCAUUGCUAUCGGCCUUACGUACCGGGAAGCCAUAGGCAUCACUGCUUUGGCGUUCUUCAUCAUCAGCUUCGUGAUCGCUUUCAAUGGGGCUACCGGUGUUAUUCAUCAUGCACCCUUCCCAGUCAUUGCCCGAGCAAGCUGGGGUUUCUGGGGGUCAUACAUCGCCAUUGUAUCUCGUGCCAUUCUGGCCAUUUUCUGGUUCGCGAUACAGACUAUGAACGGAGCGAACACCGUACGGGUCAUGAUAGGCGCGAUCUGGCCGUCCUUCCUGACUCUGCCAAAUCACAUCCCUAAAGACCAGGGCAUAACGACCAACACUAUGAUCUCCUUCUUCGUCUUCUGGCUCAUCCAGGUCCCUUUCCUUUACAUGCAUCCCAACAACCUGCGCUGGCUCUUCAUGGCCAAGUCGGUGAUCGUACCCCCGGCGUGGAUAGCCAUUCUCAUCUGGGCCUUCGUCUCCACCAACGACAGCGAGAACUCCAUGUGGAACCAAACAGCCACCAUCUCCGGCAGCGCCUACAGCUGGGCGUUUCUGGCGUCGCUGACCUCUGUCAUAGGCAACUACGCCACACUCUCGGUCAAUCAAGCGGACUUCUCCCGGUACUCCCGCGUAAGCGUCAAGUGGCAAUGCCUCUACGUACCCAUGCUCCCCAUCGUCUUCACCUUCAUCGCCUUCAUCGGCAUCGCCGCCACAUCUGCGGGGGCUGUCCGCUACGGCGAAGUGCUGUGGGAUCCCAUGGCCUUGAUCUCAAAUUGGUCCUCGCGCGCCUGCCGCUUCUUCGCAGCCUUUUCCUUCGCCCUCGCCGCGUUGGGUGUCAACAUCUCCGCGAACAGUUUGUCAGCCGCCAACGACCUCACUGCGCUAUUUCCCCAGUUCAUCAACAUCAGGAGAGGACAGCUGCUGUGCGCAGUAAUAGCCUGGGCGCUCGUCCCCUGGAAGAUUCUGGCGUCGGCGGGAUCCUUCCUUAACUUCAUGGCCGCAUACGCCGUCUUCUUAGGCCCGAUCGCCGCAAUCAUGCUUUUCGACUUCUGGGUUGUGCAUAACCGCAAGUACGACACCCUGGCCCUCUACAACUACAACGGCAUCUACAAGUACUAUCACGGCUUCAACUGGCGGGCCAUUGUCGCCUUCCUUGCCGGAGUGGCGCCCAAUAUGCCUGGCUUCAUCAACGGAGUCAACCCCAGUGUUGAUGUGGGGGUGGGAGUCAGACCGUAUCAGUUCGGAUGGUUGCUAGGAUUCACGAUCACGACGAUAUUUUACGUGGGACUGGAGAAGAUAUUUCCACCGCGGGAAACGUUCAUCGAAAGGGCGGUGUUGCCGGAUGAGGUUUACGAGAGGCAUGAGGAGAUCGAAGGGGUGGGUAUUGAGGUGGAAAUGGGAGAUGAGGAUAACGUAGGGGAGAAGAAAGGCUUCAAGGCUUGGGCGGAUAGGAUGCUAUAG